AUUUGACGGAGGGGGACUUUCUGAUCAUCAACUCUUCACAUCAUAUGGAACGCAGAGAGUGCGAGCAAGCACACAGAUGAAAGUCCCCAGCUGUCCAUAGGUCUACCGUCUACACAAUUCCCCCUACUACCUCAGGAUCAGUUUCGCUUUCGUUUCCAGACGCUGUUCACUGACCCUCCUGUUGACUGCUGAGACACAGAAACGAACGGGAACUUUCAAGGCGUUCAAAGAACGGGAGUGGGAGUGAAAGGAGGACGUACCAAUAAUGGGAUCAUCUAUUCCAAAACCAGCGUUUGAGUCUCACAUUUGCGACAACCAAUUGAGGCGGGGAGAAGACCUUGUUUUACGCUGUGAAGCAAACACUCCUGAGGUGGAAGUGAUUUGGGAGAAGGAUGGACGAAGACUGUACAAAGGAGAUCGCAUUGACAUUGUCAAGGACGGGAGAGACUUAAAACUCACCGUAAGCCAAGCCAAAGAAGAGGAUGAGGGCAAAUACACGAUAAGGCUGAAGAACGACAAAGGCAGUGAUGCGGAAUCAGUCACAAUAUCCAUACUUCAAUAUGAUCAGGAUUGGAGAGAAAUCAACUGGGGCAGGAGUCAGGCCAUGCGGAAGAGCCUCCGGGAGUACAAGCUGAGCGGUCAGGGCCCCAAGGAGUUGCGCAUCCUGCUGCACGGCCCUGUGGGGUCUGGGAAGUCCAGCCUCAUCAACUCCAUCAACAGUGUUUUCCAGGGCAAGGUGAAGAUCGGGGCACUAGCCUCUACCCAGGAGAGCAGGAGUUUCACCAAAGUAUAUGAAAGCUAUCGCAUCAGUGACAAGGACACUGGCCUCCUGCCGUUUGUCUUCAGUGACGUCAUGGGGUUUGAGCAGGGGGACUGUCAUGGAGUUCUUGUGGAUGACAUCAUCGGCAUCCUAGGGGGGCACAUUCCAGAGAAAUAUGAGUUUAAUCUAGAGGAUCCUCUGUCCAAAGAAGACCCCCGUUACAACAGCAGCCCCAGUCUGAGUGAGCAGGUACACUGCCUGAUCAGUGUGCUGCCAGCUGACAAGGCCAACCUGAUGGCCGACGGUGUGUAUGAGAAGAUGAGGGAGGUCAGGGAGCGGGCCAGCGCUAUGGGCAUACCACAAGUGGUCUUCAUGACUCGCAUUGAUGUGUUGUGUCCACUUGUGAAAGACAACCUGCAGGCCAUCUACUCAAGCAAGAUCAUCAAGAAGACAAUGGAAUCGUGCAGUAACCGGCUGGGUGUCCCCAUGAACUGCAUCUUCCCAGUGAAGAACUACCACGAGGAGAUACAACUCAAAACUAACAUGGACAGUCUCAUCUUGCAUGCUCUCAAGUCUGCCGUUGGUUUUGCAGAUGAUUAUGUAAACAGUUUGCAUAGAUCAUAAAAAUAUGCCAGUUCUCGUUUUCUUUACUCCUAAUACACUAAUCAUAAAAUUA